AUGAUGUGUGUUUACACAGGGGUAAGUUAAAAGUUGUCAGAUAGGCUUCACAAUUGCAGUUUCCGUUAAUAUGCAGGAAACUGAGCCUGCAAGCAAAAUUGUAGUAUGUAGCGGUCAGCGGUCUUCAUGACCUUGUAUGACCUUCAUGAAUCGGCUAAAAACGCCCGUAUUUUUACUGAUAAUUUAGCUUUGAAUUAAUUUUGAGACCAAAAUCUCAGAUGCUGUCUAGAAUGAGGAAAUUGCUGAUCGUAGAGGGUCCCGGUGAAGAAAAACUGAUUUUACUCGAUUUAUGGUUAGUGGUCUAGAAACCUCAGUUCCUAUACUACUGAUACUGAAAGCGACGAAGAAGAGACGGAAGCUGACGAUGCGCAAGAAGAUGAAGAGGUCGAAGAAGAUGAAGGUAGGCGAGAAUUCAGUUUGAGGCGAAAGAAACGUCACUAAGACCAAUUCGCUUUCUUAACUAUACAUAACUCGUCCUAAUGGAUUUAGCAACACAGCAUACAUCAGUUUCUUCAACAAUAUUUGUCUGAUCUUUAGUGUCUUCAAAUUCAUUAUAUGUCAGGUCUGUAGUGUCUGCGAAUAUCUGACAAAUCAACAUAAAAUAUAUGACUGAGCUAUCCCGCGUAGUAUACUGUAUAUAUUUGAAAUAUCAAUAUUACUAGGCAUCUCAAUCGAUUUUACUAAAUAUUGAAUAAUUGAAAUCUUUCAACAUCAGUUCAAUCGAGCAACACCCCUAAACAUGCUCAAAUUUUACCAGUAUAUCUUAUCAUAUAGCCUCACGUUAGCAUAAUAUAAUCUAAAAAAUAUUUCGCAUAGAGUCGAGUAUCACACUGUGUAGGUCAGUUUAUUAGAGCGCUGCAGCGGAGCAGUGUGUUACAGGUUCGUUUCUAGCAAGAAGACCAAUAAUUUUGUUUCUGCAGGAGGGCCUGUAUGCAAUCAUGGUUCAGUCUGAAGAAAUGUAUAAAAUUUACACUCGAAAUUUCCAUUCAUAAGUCCUCGAACAUUUCAUUUAGUUUGACAUAAUUAACAUCAUUUUCCUUUAUUUCGAUAAGACAUUGCACAAAUAGGAUUUUCUAGAGCAACAAAAUAUAGACAACAUAAUUAUCUGGUUUCAAUAAGUUUCAUAUAUUUAAGAAAUAACGAACAAUUAAACAAAUAUAUUUCCUUCUUUAGAAGAAACCACCGAUAUCGCAGAUGACGAGCCGGAGAAACGAGGUCAGUGUUUUCCCACAGUUAUCAUAUAAUUUUUAGAAAUUUAUUUUCUGAGUUUAUUUUCUUUUUCGCAAUAUUUAUUGAAAGGGGUUGUAACCAACAGAGUGCAUACGAAAAAAUUUCCCAUUUUCCAGGGCUAUAUACUGUAUAGUUGUUAACCAACUUGCAGCUUUCGUCAAAAAUAUGCGUUUGACACAUCUAUGAUAUAGGUCUUUUGUUUUCGUAAAUAAUUCCGACUAAAAUGAAUGUCUUUCUGACCAAAUUUUAUUCGGGAACAAAUUUUCCUAAUUAGAUCUGUAAUAUAUAAAUUAGACGCAAGGCUGACCAGUCCGGCGGAAAGAUGGCGUCAGUUCUAUUCUCGUAAUAUUUUUGUCAGUUAACUUUAUUAGCUAAUAAAAUUCUCGUUAUCUGUACUACCUUUGUAUUGAAUAAGUCGUAAUUAAUAAGUCUUAAUUAAGCAUUAGAUGUACGAUUUGCCCACAAUAUGAUUUUGUAUAUUUAGGAUGGGUAUGCAGACGAUACAGGAAAGGCAAACUUUGGUGUAAGGCAUGUGGAUGUAGACGUGUAUGCAAACCCAAAUUUUGCAUUAGAAUUGUCUGCAAACGAUUCAUAUGUUUCAGGAGAGUAUGCCGUAUUGUGGUCAGAUUCAAAAUCGUCAGAUACAAAUACCGCAACCCUUAUUACAAAGGAUAUGGAAGUCUCUACUUGUGGAAGACCAAAAAGGUUCCAUACAAAAUUCGUGUCUGCAAAAAUGAGCCACGUUUCUGCCCCAAAUGUUACAGCCGACGUUAUAAUUGCGGUCGUGUUUGCAGGAAUGUGUGCAAAUACAGAAAGGUUAGCGAUAAGUAAAUAA